GAGAGGCUCAGACGAGCUUCUUUCGCAGAGUGGCGUCACCGUCAUGGCGCCCGCCGCUCCGCACCACGCCGACAAUAACAACCAAGACUCCGCCGCGAAAAAGGUGAAACUGGAACAAAAUGUGGGCAAGCCGUCCCGCGUUAUCCACAUACGGAACAUCCCCAACGAAACGACAGAGGCUGAGAUCAUACAGCUCGGCCUACCAUUCGGCAGGGUCACCAACGUGCUCGUUCUCAAAGGCAAAAAUCAGGCAUUCCUCGAAAUGGCGGAGGAGAUUUCGGCAGUGGCGAUGGUGGCGUACUUCGGCGGAUGCGUCGCGCAGCUGCGCGGGCGCGCCGUCUACGUCCAAUUCUCCAACCACAAAGAGCUCAAGACAGACCAGACGCACAGCAAUGCUUCAGCGUCGGCGCAGGCAGCGCUCCAGGCAGCGCAGGCCAUCUCCAACAGCGCGGGCGCGGCGCUCGUAGCAGGCGCGGGCGCAGCCCUACAGCCCGCCAAUGGGGGCACAGAGAUACAGGGUGGCCCCAACACAGUGCUACGCGUGAUCAUUGAACACAUGUUAUACCCAAUAGUGCUCGACGUACUAUACUCAAUCUUCCAACGAUACGGAAAGGUGCUUAAGAUAGUCACAUUCACAAAAAACAAUUCAUUCCAAGCACUCAUCCAGUAUCCAGACACUGUGUCAGCACAAACAGCGAAAACGGCUUUGGACGGGCAGAAUAUAUACAACGGGUGCUGUACUCUACGCAUUGAUUACUCAAAGAUGACCUGCCUCAACGUGAAAUACAAUAAUGACAAGUCGCGGGAUUACACCAACCCGACCUUGCCGUCCGGAGAUGGGGACGCGCACCAACUGUUGACCAGUGGCGGGGUGCUUGCACCUCAAUUCCUCGGCUUGGGUUCAGGGCUGACUUCUCCGUAUGGUGUAGGCGUCGGAGGCGUGGGAUUGCCUGCCUUCGGCGCCCUCACUUUGACCCCGGCCUCCCCAGCCCUAAGGGCCCUCGCUGCACCACCACUGCCAUUAGCGACCGUGUUACUCGUCUCCAAUCUUAACGAAGAGAUGGUCACGCCUGACGCUCUCUUUACCCUUUUCGGUGUUUAUGGGGACGUCCAAAGGGUGAAGAUCCUCUACAAUAAGAAGGACUCGGCGCUCAUCCAGAUGGCAGAGCCACAUCAGGCUCAUCUAGCGAUGACACAUAUGGAUAAGUUACGCGUAUUCGGCAAGGCGAUGCGUGUGAUGCUGAGCAAACAUCAGACCGUGCAACUUCCCAAGGAGGGCCAGCCAGACGCUGGACUUACCAGGGAUUAUUCUCAGAGCCCGCUGCACCGAUUCAAGAAGCCAGGCAGCAAAAACUACCAGAACAUUUACCCUCCGAGCGCCACAUUACAUCUGUCCAACAUUCCAGCAACCGUUUCGGAAGAUGACAUAAAGGAUGCGUUCACCAAAAGGGGCUUCUCAAUCAAGGCGUUUAAAUUCUUCCCGAAGGACCGCAAGAUGGCGUUGGUCCAACUACCUUCCAUCGACGACGCGGUGGCAGCUCUAAUCAAGAUGCACAACUACCAACUGUCAGAAUCGAACCAUCUUCGGGUGUCGUUCUCAAAGUCCAGCAUCUAA